CUGCUGGCUGAGUAAAGCGGAAGAACCCAGUGAUGCAGGUUAAAAAAGCGAGAGAGGGCUCCCGAUUUUUGUGGCAGAGAUAUUUGUUUAUCUAGGAAACAGUUGUGAAGAUUGCAAUAAGGACCAACAAGAUGCCGGCGUGUGUGACUCUGGAGACUCAGAUUUCCACCGUGAUGGAGAGUCUGACCCGAGCGGCGGUGGCGGAGAUCUGCAAACUGAUCAACAGCGAGUGUGUGGAGAUGCGGUUGGAGAUCCGCAGGGGCCAGAAAGAGAUCGAAGCCCUGAAAGGAAAAAUACGGGAUCUGAAAAGAGAGGCACAUAAUCCUUCUUUGGUCGCAGUGUCUUUAAUCGAGCCUCAGACAAAUCGGAGAGAUGGAGAUAACAGAUUCGAUGAUCUCAGCACAGUGCCUGAUUGUCAGAAUGAAGAAAAGGAUAAGAAAACAAAUACUCCAGCACCAGUGAAGAACCUACAGGAGAAUGAGGUUCAAGCAGGAAGCAGGAAUUCUCUUCCAAACUCUGGGAGUAAGCGCAAUCAGACGAGUAUGUUUUCCCCAUCUGAAAGCGGAGUUCAGUUGAAGGAGUCCCAAAUCCUUAUAGACUCAUUGACCACUGAAUGUAUAGCUGACAUCCGAGGACUCAACACUGCGGCUGUAAAGGUGGAGGGUACGAGUCCACCUGUGUCCACUGCCAAUUGUGUUUCAGAGGUCUAUCAAUCUGACCAUGCGCAAUGCACAAACACACACAGCCAUUCAACCGGAGACGACAGUAAUCAGUUUGGCUCUGCAGAAGAGCUUUGGUCACAAUCUCAUUAUUCAGCGCAUUUCCAUAACAAACAGCUCACUGAAGAAGACUCGAACUACAAAUAUGAGACAGACUUUAAUCAUAUAAAUGGGCAUCGCAGCAAUGAAGGGAACACUAAUGGAUUGCUUCUAAAGACUGAGGAGAAUGAGGAACCUUUAACAAAGACAACAAAUGAACUGGCACCGUGUGGAAUGAUGGACAGCGAGGCUUUGUCUUGGCCGUCAUUAACUUCGGUUAACUUUCCGGUAAGUGGUGGAGGUCCAGGCUGCUCUUCGAUGCUCCAACAGACUAUACACGCUUCUCACCCUGAACACCCUGGAUUUCACCUCAGCAUGACCGGAGAGAUUGAGUAUACAAUUGAGCCUGAAGCAAAACAGGGAGGAGGAAGAAAUAUACAGGACAUGAUUCACACCUCAGCACUUAGACAGAGCUCCACAGUGUCCGCAAUGCUGACAAAAGCGAAGGCUCUGCCAAUAGCAGAUAUGCGGCAUAAGCUGUUCUCUUGCUCUUUCUGUCCUAAGAGUUUCCAGAGUGGUGCAGACCUGAAGAGACAUCAGCGCAUUCAUACAGGCGAGAAGCCGUACGGUUGCGCCGUGUGUGGGAAGCGCUUCUCCCUCAGGGGGAACCUUGUCACCCACGAGAGGGCACACAGUGGCAGCAAGCCCUUCAUUUGCCGCCAGUGUGGGAGAGCCUUUGCCCACGGCUCAAACUUAAGGGCCCAUCAGCGUGUCCAUACUGGAGAAAGGCCUUUUCAUUGCUCUCUGUGCGACAAGACGUUUGCGUGGUACUAUCCCUUCAAAAGGCACCUCAGCUUGCAUUUUCUGAAUAGUCAAAACUCCUGAUUACAUUUGUGUUUUUUGUAAGUAACACCUACCAGGCCCGGUAUUGUCUUGCAAAUCACUACAGGCUUUGAAACUAAAAUGAGCACUUAGUACUGUUUGUACCUCGAUGUGACUGUGGUUGUGUUUUAAUUUUUGUUUUUAAGUAAGCUUUCAGCAGGAAAUGGGAAGUCCAGAUAAUAUGCUAUGAAAAGCUUAGAAUUGAGUGUCUUAGUUUGUUAGAGAACACUAUCAUGCAUUGACUAACCUAAUAAACAUGACUAAUGAACCUAAUUAAAAGAAAUUGCUCUAUUUAUUUGCCGAAGGAAGCACAUUGCCUCUGUCAUCUUGCACUUUGUAGGUGUGCCUCCUGCAGUUUUUGGACUUGGACCACUCCAAGGUGUGUUAGCUAUAAAGC